AUGAAUCUCUGCAUAGGUCCGAUCACUAUCAACUACAUAAAUUCCAGUUUGGAGAACCCAAUGCUCGAGUUAAGCACUCAUAGUUUGACGAAGGUAGCCAACAUCCUAUUUUUUGAUGAACCUGCUGGAUCUGGAUUCUCGUAUGCAAAAUCCCCUGAAGCUUACAUAACAAAUGAUACUUUAACACCAAUUCAUAUGCACCAAUUUAUAAGGAAGUGGCUUGUGGAUCAUUCUAAAUUUGUCAACAAUCCCUUGUAUCUUGGUGGUGAUUCCUAUGGUGGCAUAUCAGUGCCAAUGACUAUUCAAGAGAUAUAUAAAGGUAAUGAAGAUGGAGAAGAACCACACAUCAACUUCAAAGGGUACAUUCUUGGUAAUCCUUUAACAGACAAACAUGAUUCCUAUAAUGCGAAAAUCGAACAAGCUCAUCGUAUGUCACUCAUAUCCGAUAAAAUAUACGAGUCUGUUAAAAAAAGUUGUCACAGAGAGUACCAAUAUGUAGAUCCAAACAACUAUCGUUGCAUACAUGAUCUUCAAGUGGUAUACGAGUGCAUUAAAAGAAUUAAAGUGGACAACGUUUUAGAGCCUUUUUGUGAUCCUUUAAAUACCUCAAAAUCUGAGCUCCUGAGAAUAGACCUAAGAUCCAUUGAUAAGACCUCUAUUGAUAUUUGGUCAUCAGACGAAGAUCUGACACGAUGGAUUUGUUACUACAAGUCUGCAUACAUCGAGGCAUGGGCUAAUCGGAGAGACGUAAAAGAGGCUCUUCAUGUUAGUGAGGUAUUUAAUGAAAUUAAAUGGGUGUCAUGCAAUCAGAGCUUGACAUAUAAUGAUGGUUUGCUUGCGAAACCUAGUUACAAGUUCAAUGUCAUGAGUACCGUAGCUUAUCAUCAAGAAUUUUCUCAUAAAAAUUGUCGUGCUUUGGUAUAUAGUGGAGAUCAUGAUUUGCGUGUUCCAUAUUUUUCUACGCUAAAAUGGAUUGAAUCGAUAGAUUUGUUAGUCAUGGAGUAUUGGAGACCGUGGUAUGUUGAUGAACAAGUAGCCGGGUAUACAAUGAAAUUCUCAAACCACAACUAUAAAUUAACAUUCGCUACAGUAAAGGGAGGAAGUCACACGAGUCCAGAGAAUAGACCCGAAGAAUGCUUUAAUAUGUUUAUAAGGUGGUUUGAUGAUGUAGGCUUUGGAGGUAGUGAUGAUGAUGAUGUGGUUACAGAUAGAUCUAAGCAUAUCUGUGAUAAAGAGGGAUAG